AUGCUGCGUGGAAAGCAACCGCGACCCGCAGUUAUUAUAGAAUGGCACAUUGAAACUACAGGCCUGCGGGUGACUGUUGACUUCGCUUUGUGCACCGUUAUAGCGAUAUUUCCUUCAUCGCGCAACACGAAGUUCUUCGUUCUAAGGACGGCUCAAAAACUCAACUUGUUGACUUGUCGUCAUUUCGUCAAGCACGAUUUCGGGUACCUUUUCGCAUGCGUCCACUUUGCUAUUGUGCCUUUCUUGCUUAUCUCUUCGACUUAACGGCAUCAGCUUCUGAGAUCUCGACGUUUUGCUUCCAUGCACAACAUGCAAUUCGUCGGAAUAGGAACAAAUGUCGAACUUUUCUCUCCCUGACCCCGGGUCGCAGCGUCCUUGGCACCCGCUCCUUGUUUUUAUCGAUGUUCACACAACAACCUUUGGCUGCCCACAAUUUUUUGGUGGUAACUAUUCGGCUCAUCAAGUGUAGCAACACGAAAAAAAAAGGCCUUUCACGUCACCCCAAACUAGCGUUUCUCUCGUUCAUUGUUUGCGGCGGGAGUCUUUGUGCUACAUUAGGCCGUAUGUGCGAUCUGACAGGCACGACAUGGUCCCGAGCUUCAGAAGCCUACUUACAAUGGCCUAUUCUUGGUCUUUCAAGCAAAGCUGUCCAUCUCUGGAAAUCUCCAAUUCGAACAGCGGAAGAUAUAUAUACGCGUGAGAUAUAGUAACUGCUGUUACUUUAACUUUCCCAUCAUACGCAGAGCACAAUCCGCAUGGCGCAACCUACACUGAGGGAUUUUCUCCACUUGGGCGCCAAUCAGACUUAUUCUUGCCACGCUCUCUUUCAUCGCUUACAGUCAACCCAUUCCACAUUACGCGCUCUAGGGAUUCCAAGGGAUGGGCACGUACGCCCACAGUCCAUUGCGCCUGACAACGUCGUGACGCUCCAUAUCGACCAGCCUACCAACCUCGAGCAAGACUCGUAUUUUCCCCAUGUCCUCAAUAGACUCAAGGAUGAACGUGUUCUUAUAACCAAAAUCCUGAUGGGCCAAACGAACUGCAGUAUUUUCAGCGAAAAUCACUUGUGC